AUGUUGAACGAAAGUCUUACAAACCCAUUGUUCGGAAAAGGCAAGUGCAACAUUGUCAGAGCUGUAAACAUUCUUUUCGAGAAAGGUUUGUUGGAACCAAUUCCAGAUGACAAGCUGACAGAAACUUUUGUACCAAAAGACGAAACAAACUUUUCAUUGUUAGCAAGACCAAAAGUUGUUCCAGACAAAGUUCUAGUACAAAAGAAGUACACAAUUCCACAAGGAGUUGGAUUGUUCGGAUACCAACCUGAACCAGAAGAACUUCCAAUGAGGUUGCAAGAACUUCAAGAUGCUAUAAACAAACUUCCAUUGAGACAUCCAAUUGACGUCAAAUUGUAUUGGAGAGCAUCUGAGUUAGGUCAGAAGGUUUUAUAUGAAACAGGUUGCUUCGACGAUGUUUAUGAGAUAACAGGAGAAGUUUCUCAGAAGAUAAGAGACUCACUUGAAUUUCCACAAACUGGACCAAUUGGUUGCGACAAGUUCGACUCAGAUGAAAAGAUAUACUAUGUCGACCUUAACGCUGCGUACAUGAGGUUUGUCCAAUAUAUUCCGACUGGAAUUCCAAACGAAGAUGGUGAGUUCCCGGGAAGGAACUAUACAGUUGGAAAAGUCAUACAACAACUGUAUGAUAUUAGGAAAGCUUCAAACCCCAAACUUGCAAUGACACUCAAAUUGCUUAUGAAUUCAACAUGGGGAUAUUCCAUUAAGAAACCUCAAAAGAUGAAGAGUAAACAUUAUGAGAAGGUCGACAACUUUGUUGAAAGGUUUUCUCCUUUUGUUUUGAAGUACGAGUUCACUCAAGGUCAAAAUGGCUUAGUAACCACAUUAAAAUCUAUUGUCGAACAUUGGUCUUACCCUCAGUUCGCAAAGGCAGUACUUGACAACUACAACAAAUUCUUCUCGGAAGUCAAAUCCAAAGUGAAGGUUUACUAUGAGAACAUUGACGCACUCAUGACGAACGAAGAAGGAUACAACAAACUCAUUGAAAUGGGAAUGGUCGGUGAAAAGAUGGGCUGUUUUAAGCUAGAUAAGGUAUUUUCAGAAGUUCAUGUCCUCUCCAAGCGUAAGUACUGGGGCAUACUUGAAGACGGCACAGAAAUAAAACAUUGCAUGAAGUAA